AAGACGAAGGUAAUAAAAGUAAUAUUACUUCAAACAGCAAAUCAAGUGAUUCCUUUUAUAUUCCUAAUUCGGAUGCUUCUGAAGAAAGUAAUAUUGAAGACAAGAGAACUUCAGAAACUUCGACUAAAAAUGGAAAUAAAGAUUUAUCUAAAACAUCAAAUAACACAACUCUAGAAACUUCAAUUCCUCUUGGACAUAGUGCACCAGAUGACACAAAUAUGUUUGUACAAUCUGUAGGACGUAGAUGUAAAAAAGAUUUUUGUGUGUAUUGCCGCACUGAACAGACCAAGCUUAGUUAUCAUCUUAUCAGGAUACAUAAAGAUGAGAAAGAAGUAAAGGAAAUCAUAUAUCUUCCCAAGGGACAAUCAAAGCGCAGAAUUUUGAUAAAUGAAAUUCGUAAAAAAGGACAAUAUCUUUUUAACACCAAUUCAGAUAUUAAUACAGGAGAAUUGAAGGUCAUGCGUCGUCCAAACUCUGAAAAGAAUAAAAAUGCUACAGAUUUUUCUAUAUGCCCACAGUGCAAAAGUAACUAUUCCAAAUCAGCCCUUCGACAUCAUUAUAGAAGAUGCACUAAAAAAAAUUCGACAGAUCAUAAAGCUAUAUUAUCGAAAUCAAGAAGAAUCUCAUGUCGAAUUCACGAAUCUGCGUCAAAAAUUCUCCGAGAUCGUGUUUUUCCCACAAUGAAAGAUGACAGUGUCUCGAAAGUCAUAAGAUAUGACGAAUUGGCUAUUGAUUACGGAAACAAACUAUGUGAAAAGUAUCACGAUCCGCACUUUUAUGACAUGAUACGACAAAAGUUGCGUCAGAUUGGUUGUCUAUUUCUCGAAAUAAAGAAUCAAAACGACAAAAUUGAUGAUCUGUUUACAAUUUUUGUUCCAGACAAUUAUGAUAACUGUCUUAAAGCUGUUAGGAAUUUAGCUGGUUUAAAUGAAUCAGGAACUGGUUUUAAAACUCCAUCACUGGCAACAUCUCUGGGUACAUUACUCAAACAACUUUGUAAGAGAUGUAUCACCAUAAUGAUAAAGAGACGCGAUAAGAUAAGACGAAAGCUUGCAGAAGAAUUCUUAAGCUUACUAACAGAAGAUUAUGCAUUUUCUAUUGCUCGAACAGCUGUUGAAACACAACUUCGGAAAAAAAGACAUUCAACAGUACUAUUACCAACUAAAGAUGAUAUUAAGAAACUAGAGACUUAUUUAAGUGAUAGGAUGAAAACAGCUUAUGAUUCGUUAAAGGAAAAAUUUUCUGUAAUCGCUUGGGAAGCAUUGGCAGAAGGUUGUCUGCUAUCUAUUCAGUUAUUUAACCGACGUAGACCAGGGGAAAUAGAACGUGCUUUAAUCGAAGAUUUUCAAAAUUAUCAAGAAGUGAAUAAAAAUACAAUAGGCGCAGCUUAUGUCUCCCUUAGUAAUGAUGAAAAGAAAGCAGCAGAGAAAUACGUCCGAUUUACUAUGAGAGGAAAAUUAGGCCGUACUGUACCAGUUCUACUUCAUAAGCAAAUGUUGGAUAAUUUAAAACUACUUCUAAGCUAUCGCAAGACCGCAAAUGUUCAUUCAAAUAAUCCAUAUCUCUUCGGAGUACCUGGCACAUUAAAAGGAGAUUAUCGUUACUUGAGAGCAUGCGAUCUCAUGAGAAGAUACUCAGAAGAAUGCGGAGCACCAAAUCCAGAUAGGUUGCGAGGAACUAAUUUAAGAAAGCAUAUUGCUACAAUGUGUACUAAUUUAAAUCUAAGAGACCACGAGAUUUCCGAUUUGGCAAAUUUCAUGGGUCAUGCUGACAAGAUUCACAAAGAACAUUAUCGUCAGCCCAUUUUAAGUAGAGAAAUAUUCCACGUAUCUAAAUUAUUGGAGGUUGUACAUGGAAAAGACAGCGAUGAAGAAAUAGAUGUAGAGGAAAGUGAUUUACCAAAUGUAUCAUCACAUUCAUUAGAUUGUGAAGAAUCUAAUGUAAGUGAAUACAGUACAGAUAAAAAUAAAUCUUUAUCCUCUCCUUCACAAGUGAAUCAUAAGGAUAAAAAGAAACGUUCAACAUCUCCAUUUGGAAAAUGUGUUCGUCGACGUUGGACAGAAGAAGAACAGAAUAUUACACGUGCAACUUUUAAACAUCAUAUUACUUCUGGAAUUCAACCUUCUUUUAAAGAAAUCCAAAAAAUGAAGGAUGAAAACCCCCAUGUUUUUGCCAAUAGAAGUUGUGCAACUAUUAAAGCAUGGAUAAAUAAUCAAAUGAAGAAGAAAAAAAAAUAAUAGAAAUGAGAUCACGUUAUAUCUCAAAAAUUCUUAUAAACGUUUGUUCU